UUGAGCACUCAGGAAGAGGAGGAACGCUGCAGAGGCUGUGCGGCAUGGGGAACGCGCAGGAGAAACCCCCAGCCGCCGAGCGAGGGGGCGUAUCCGGACUGGACCGGACCAAAGGGGUGCCAAACGGAAACGCCGAUGUGAUCCCUGAGUCACGCCGCCCCUCACCGGACCAGAGUUAUCUGGAUGCCCCGGCUGGUGGUCUCCCGCCCCACCUGGCCCGCAUGAAGAACGAAGGCAACCACCUCUUCAAGCACGGACAGUUUGGGGAUGCGUUGGACAAGUACAGCCAGGCCAUUGACGGCUGCACUCAAGCGGGUAUCGGCGACCCCGAGGACUUGAGCAUUCUCUACUCCAACCGCGCUGCUUGCUUCCUAAAGGUCGGCAAUAGUUCCGACUGCAUUGAAGACUGCACCAAGGCUCUGGAGCUGCAGCCGUUCUACCUGAAGGCGUUGCUGCGCAGAGCGGCGGCCUACGAGUCACUCGAGCGAUAUCGCAAGGCCUACGUGGAUUACAAAACCGUCCUGCAAAUUGACGCCGGUGUACAAGCGGCCCACGAUAGCGUACACAGGAUCACGAGAUUGCUAAUCGAGCAAGACGGGCCCCAGUGGCGUCAAAAGCUUCCAGAAAUUCCCACUGUGCCGCUAUCUGCUCAGCAGGAACAUCACCAGAAACCCGCCAGCAUCCGGCAAGCCCAAGAACGGGCGGCCCGGGCGUCACGCGACCAAGCCAGGCGGAACGAGUCCCGCUUCAAUGCCUUAAAACUCGAAGGCAACGAGCUGGUGAAAAAGUGUCACUUUGAAGACGCUCUGCACAAAUACGACCAAUGCCUCGCCUUAAAACCGGACGAAUGUGCUCUCUACACUAACAGGGCUGUCUGCUUACUGAAGCUGAACCGCUUCGAGGAGGCCAAGCGGGACUGCGACUCAGCUCUCCGCCUGGAGCCCGACAACAAGAAAGCCUUCUACAGACGGGCGCUAGCACACAAGGGUCUGCAGGACUACCUGUCGGCUAGCGGCGACCUACAAGAGGUCCUUCAAUUAGACCCCAACGUCAGGGAGGCUGAGAAGGAGCUACUAGAGGUGACCGCACUUCUGAGACGAAGCCUCAUGGACGACACGGCGCACACGUAGACACCAAAAUAUCACUUCUGUUCAGGUGUGAUGAGCCAACAUCACUGAUGACGCAAUGCGGAACACAAACGGAAGUGGCUGAGUGUGCCUUACCGAGAUUUAAACCAGAUUGACCACAUUUCAGUUUUGAGGAACUUCAGUACAGUAGUUCAGUUUGAUUCACUUAACUCAUUCACAGGCACUGUGUUAAACAACAAAUCCAUUUGAACUGGGAUGGCUGCAAUUGACAGUUAUUAUAGAUGUCCAAUCAGUUUUGACUGGGAGGCAAGGGCGUAGGUUUGGUCUCAAUAUUGGCAGGGACGAUAUACCAUAACUUGCGUGUUGACUUUUUUGCUGGGGGACGGGACAUUGACAGCAGACAAAUUAUUGAACAGGGCUACAUUUCUCAUAAAUAUGAACCUAAUUAUUUGAUAGGCUAAAUGAUCAAUGCAAAAUACAUCUGCUAACUUUAAUAUGUAUUAGUUCAGGUGAUAAACCUUUGUUUUCAAAAACUACUUAAAAAACAUUUUUGAAAAUUUCCAGAAUACAUGUCUGGAUUUUAUUAUCAAAUUUAAAUUGCAAUAUUUGAACUAGGGCUGUCAAACUAUUAAAAUUUUUAAUCGAGUUAAUUACAUCUUAAAAAUUAAUUAAUCGUAAUUAAUCGCAAUUAAUUGCAAUUCAAACCAUCUAUAAAAUAUGCCAUAUUUUUCUGUAAAUGAUAUACAGUGCCUUGCAAAAGUAUUUGGCCCCCUUGAACCUUGCAACCUUUCGCCACAUUUCAGGCUUCAAACAUAAAGAUAUAAAAUUUUAAUUUUUUGUCAAGAAUCAACAACAAGUGGGACACAAUCGUGAAGUGGAACAAAAUUUAUUGGAUAAUUUAAACUUUUUUAACAAAUAAAAAACUGAAAAGUGGGGCGUAUUCGGCCCCCUUGCGUUAAUACUUUGUAGCGCCACCUUUUGCUCCAAUUACAGCUGCAAGUCGCUUGGGGUAUGUUUCUAUCAGUUUUGCACAUCGAGAGACUGACAUUCUUGCCCAUUCUUCCUUGCAAAACAGCUCGAACUCAGUAAGGUUGGAUGGAGAGUGUUUGUGAACAGCAGUCUUCAGCUCUUUCCACAGAUUCUCGAUUGGAUUCAGGUCUGGACUUCGACUUGGCCAUUCUAACACCUGGAUACGUUUAUUUUUGAACCAUUCCAUUGUAGAUUUGGCUUUAUGUUUUGGAUCAUUGUCCUGUUGGAAGAUAAAUCUCCGUCCCAGUCUCAGGUGUUGUGCAGAUACCACCAGGUUUUCUUCCAGAAUGUUCCUGUAUUUGGCUGCAUCCAUCUUCCCGUCAAUUUUAACCAUUUUCCCUGUCCCUGCUGAAGAAAAGCAGGCCCAAACCAUGAUGCUGCCACCACCAUGUUUGACAGUGGGGAUGGUGUGUUCAGGGUGAUGAGCUGUGUUGCUUUUACGCCAAACAUAUCGUUUUGCAUUGUGGCCAAAAAGUUCAAUAUUGGUUUCAUCUGACCAGAGCACCUUCUUCCACAUGUUUGGUGUGUCUCCCGGGUGGCUUGUGGCAAACUUUAAACGAGACUUUUUAUGGAUAUCUUUGAGAAAUGGCUUUCUUCUUGCCACUCUUCCAUAAAGGCCAGAUUUGUGCAGUGUACGACUGAUUGUUGUCCUAUGGACAGACUCUCCCACCUCAGCUGUAGAUCUCUGCAGUUCAUCCAGAGUGAUCAUGGGCCUCUUGGCUGCAUCUCUGAUCAGUUUUCUCCUUGUUUGAGAAGAAAGUUUGGAAGGACGGCCGGGUCUUGGUAGAUUUGCAGUGGUCUGAUGCUCCUUCCAUUUCAAUAUGAUGGCUUGCACAGUGCUCCUUGAGAUGUUUAAAGCUUGGGAAAUCUUUUUGUAUCCAAAUCCGGCUUUAAACUUCUCCACAACAGUAUCUCGGACCUGCCUGGUGUGUUCCUUGGUUUUCAUAAUGCUCUCUGCACUUGAAACAGAACCCUGAGACUAUCACAGAGCAGGUGCAUUUAUACGGAGACUUGAUUACACACAGGUGGAUUCUAUUUAUCAUCAUCGGUCAUUUAGGACAACAUUGGAUCAUUCAGAGAUCCUCACUGAACUUCUGGAGUGAGUUUGCUGCACUGAAAGUAAAGG